AUGGCAAAGGAAGGAGAGGCGGUAUGUGUAACGGGAGGGAGUGGCUAUAUUGGUUCGUGGCUGGUCCGUUUUCUCCUCGAACGCGGCUACACAGUCCAUGCCACCGUCAAAGAUCUAAGUACGCGCACACUCACAUAUCUUCGUUUUCAUCAACUUCUUGGAGUUUCUUUAUUAGGGUUUUUGCUCGUCUAUAAUCUCAAUUUCUGUAAAUUUUGUUCUGAUUUAGAUGAUGAGAAAGAGACAAAGCAUCUAGAAGCCUUGGAAGGAGCGAACUCGCUUCUCCGCCUCUUUCAGAUCGAUCUUCUCGACUACGACUCCAUUGUUGCCGCCGUCAAUGGAACCGCCGGCGUCUUCCACCUCGCUUCUCCUUGCAUUGUCGAUGAAGUUCGAGAUCCUGAGAAUGAGCUAUUAGCUCCGGCGAUUAAGGGGACAAACAACGUUCUCACGGCGGCAAAGGAGCUAGGGGUUCGGCGUGUGGUCGUGACCUCAUCUAUAUCGGCCAUCACUCCAAGUCGUUAUUGGCCAGCUGAUGUUGUCAAGAAUGAGGAUUGCUGGACCGAUGUUGAAUAUUGCAAGCAUAAUAAGUUAUGGUACUCGCUUUCUAAAACAUUAGCCGAGAAAGCUGCCUGGGAAUUUGCGAAGGAAAAAGGUUUGGAUGUGGUUGUGGUGAAUCCUGGAGCUGUGAUGGGGCCUAUGCUUCCCCCAACCAUCAAUGCAAGCAUGCUAAUGCUUCUUCGCCUUCUUCAGGGCUGCACCGACAUUUAUGAAGAUAUCUUAUGGGAUCUGUUUCAUGUUAAAGAUGUUGCCCUAGCACACAUAUUGGUGUAUGAGAACACAUCAGCAACUGAAGCACCU